UUCAAACUAUUAUCAAAUGAAGAUAAUUUCGAUUUCUGUUUUAUGGUGAAUGACAGAUUGUUUUGAUUAUCAAUAGGCCAUGUUGAUUUUUUUUCUGGUCAAUUUAAACAUCAAUCGAAUACAAAGAAAAGAAAACAACAAAUACAUUUUUCUAAUGGAAGAAUCAAGUAACCAAAGAAAUAAUAUCGGUGUCACCGAUUCGCCCCACCAUGGACCAACUUUAUCAACCAGUACAUCCAGUUUCGAAGCACUUGAAUCAUACGAUUCAGAAUUAAGUCGAUUAGCAACCAGAGCUUUUGAAAAAACAUACACCUAUGUGACACAUGAUAUGAAUGCAUCGUUGGAAGACUAUACACUUUUGGAGCAAAUGAAUCGGGCUUGUAUUUCAAAAUACUCCGAUAUGCAACAGAUUAGUGAAAAUUUGGCCACGUCUUCUAUUCAGCUGAAAGAAAAAUGUGAUAAUCUGGUACCGUAUUUAGAACAAAUCGAUGACAUUGAAAAAACUGUCAAUAAACUCGAAGAUUGUGCCUAUCAGCUGGAUGCCUAUAGUCAGAAAUUGGAACAAAAGUUUAACAAUAUCACAAGAAAGAAAUGAAUGUUUUUGUAUUAAAUAGAGAGAAAAAAAUGUACUAUUUGUUGAAUUGAUUCCGAUUUAUUUAUAAUAUAAUUAGACAAAAUACAUUUAAGGAAAAACAA